CUUCUUCAUGUAUUUAAAUUCUUUCAAGUAAGCUCUCAAAACUCAGAUAAAAUGGGUAUUAACUUUUGCUCUUUAGUCAAGAAUCGAGAAAAGUCAGGAUGAUAAACCCACUAAUAUUUGAUUGUCCUCCUCCUGUCUAUGAAGAGACUCAAGACACUGGAUGGGAGUCAAUUGCCAAAGCUAUUGUGACAAAUCAAUCCUCUCUUACGAAACUCAUCAAGCAUGCGAAGCGUAUUCAAAGAAAGCAGAAAAUCUUACCAUUCACCACAUUGAGAUUGUUCAAUACUCCCAAGAGAGGACUAGGAACAUUUACAGCGAGUGAGAGACGAAAAGCUGUAAACUAUUCUGGAGCUUUUUGAUCCUUCAGAGCAAGAAAGAAAGCAAAAGUGGAUCCAAAAACACCUCACCCAAGCAAGAAAUGUGUAUCCUUCUCAAGAGAAAAAUUACCUAGACCUUCAAAAUUAGAAAAAUAGAGAAUUUAGUCAUCCUCCCUCAAGGUUCUUUCCUAAAAGAGAGACACUGAGGCCUUCAGAUAGGUCAGCCGUGUUAAAAACUGAAAGAAUUAGAUACACCACUGAUAGCAAUGUUGAUGACACUGACUCCAUUGAUUCAAGAAAACCUCUGGAUAGCCUGGAGGAAGAAUUUUUCGAAGAGAAUGAACAAAGUGAACACAGUGAAAUAAAGGAGCAAGAAAAAGAGAAAAAUCAAGAGAAGCAUAAGAAACAUCUUCUAGAAAGCAAACUUGUUAGAGACAAGUACCGAUCACAAAGAUUCUUCUGGAAAUAAGAUGAGGCAGAAAAAAAACUCCAGCUUGAUAUCCAAGCUGAAGAGAAUACACCAAGAGAAUCUCAAGUCAUUAGAGAUUCUUAAGAAGAUAUCAAGAGGAAGUUUCGAUGAAACAAAAAUCAUCUCUUUGGGCAUGAAAAGACACUCAAGUGCUACAAAAAACAUGCAAACAGGAUCCCAUGAUAACCUCAAAAUUGGCAUGGGAGACAAUAAAAUAAUAAAGCUUAAUUUAAAAUAAGUCAAGGACAAAUUCCCAUCUAGAUCUUCAUUCUAAGAGCAACACAAAGAGCUAUUUUUAUAAGUCUAAAAGCAAAAUCGCUCCUAGAGACUCUCAUUCCAGUCACGUAAAAUUUUGAGAGGACAAAUCAGUAAUUCUUGAAGAAUCUACAUCAUCUUGUCAGGCACAUAAGAGUCCUAAAUCUCCUUUGAAGUUCCGCCUUUUCAGUCCCCUCCAUCGGCAGAUUAAACCUUGCUUUCAGAUAAAUUAUGUAAAAUUCAGAAACAACCAAAUUACUAAGAAGAAUCAUUGUCUUCAGGCACCUAAGACUCAAGUAAAUUUCCACCAGAAGUUAGCUGUAAUGAGGCCUGACAAAACUGCUGGAGGGAGAGGAGAUAAUACUCAUAAUCUUUUAACAAAGAUGAAACUAAAGAGACAAAUUCACAAUGAUACCUUAAGAAGGAUAUAUGACAAUGUGGAAGAGUGCUAAUUUCAA